AUAAAGCUUUAUCAUUUCAAGCAACUAUGUUCUCCCACCCAUCUCCUGUCUCCCUUGCAAUGUUAUUGAUUACUUUUGCUAUGUGCUAAAAGCCCUUCUUUUCCGGCUUUCCCUGUCAGUCUCUGAUCUUAUCCAUUCAGGCAAGCCAUAGUUCCCCUUUAUCCUAACUGCCCACAAUUGGGCAGACCCCCUACUUGCGAGCAGUUAAAAUUUGCAGCAGGCAGGGGCCACUGGCUGUGCCCCCCUCACCCCAGCGGGGACCCCGGGGCUCUGCCGUUCCUCUCCCGCCCCAGGAGCCGCCCCCUGCUCGGAGCAUUUUCGCUUUCGGUUUCCAGGGAUUUCCGAGAAACUGGUGUAAACCCGAGAACUGGGGUGCCAGGGCAUAAAGGGCAGGGGUGGAUCCUGUAGGAGUGGGGUAGGACAGGAGGAAUAUAAGCGUCAGGAGCUCCCCGGUGCUCCCUGCGGAGCCGCUUCGUCCCGACCUUCUUCCAGCCCCUCCAUCCCAGACCCUCCCUCCUCCUCCUCAGUGGUGCAGGGAGACCAGAAUGGGAUCCAAAACAUCACAGCCUGAUCCUGCUGCUGCUCAGAGAGAGGAGUCGGAGUCCCUUCCCUGCUCCAAGGUGAAGGUCCUGGGCCGUGACAUGCCCGGGGAGCCUCAGCAGGACAGCUCCUGGCAGAGGGUGUCCUUGGUCACAGCGGCUUCUGUGACCAAAUACUCUGGAGCAGCCCAAGAGCUGGAUGGGAGAGCGAACCCUGAGAAAAGGACCUGGGAGAGAAGAAGCAUGGCAGGCAUUGGAACAGUUGCUGAUACAGUUGGUGUGAAGCUGGUUGAGAAACUCAUAGAUGAGAUCUGCGAGGGAACAAAAAAAGAACGGGAGGCAGAGGCCACAAAGCCUCAGGAAUCUUGGAUGAAGGAGGACUUCCAGGAGCUCAUCCAACAAAUGAAAGCUAUGCGUGAAGAUCUCCAGAAAGGGCAGGAAUCCAGUAAGUGUGAUAUUCAGCUGCUCAUAGAAGGCCUGAAGAAGGAACUAGAAAAAGAACGGGAGGCAGAGGCCACAAAGCCUCAGGAAUCUUGGAUGAAGGAGGACUUCCAGGAGCUCAUCCAACAAAUGAAAGCUAUGCGUGAAGAUCUCCAGAAAGGGCAGGAAUCCAGUAAGUGUGAUAUUCAGCUGCUCAUAGAAGGCCUGAAGAAGGAACUAGAAAAAGAACGGGAGGCAGAGGCCACAAAGCCUCAGGAAUCUUGGAUGAAGGAGGACUUCCAGGAGCUCAUCCAACAAAUGAAAGCUAUGCGUGAAGAUCUCCAGAAAGGGCAGGAAUCCAGUAAGUGUGAUAUUCAGCUGCUCAUAGAAGGCCUGAAGAAGGAACUAGGAAAGACAGAGGAGGGAAAUCCCUCAAAGUCUCAGGGAUCUGGGAUGGAGGAGACCCUUGUGCAGCUCUGCAAAGAAAUGAAAGCUAUGCGUGAAGAUCUCCAGAAAGGGCAGGAAUCCACAAAUUGCCUUAUUCAGCUGCUCGUAGAAGACCUGAACAAGGAACAAGGAAAGACAGAAAAGAAAAAUACCCCAAAUCCUCAGGGAUCCGGGAGUGAGGAGACCCUUCUGCAGUUCUGCAAACAAAUGAAAACUAUGUGUGAAGAUCUCCAGAAAGGGCAGGAAUCCACAAAGCAGGAUAUUCAGCUGCUCAGAGCAGACCUGAACAAAGAACUAGACAGGAAAAUGAAGAAAAUGGCAAAGGCCCAGGAAUCCAAGAUGGACAAGAAACUCCAGCAGCUCUUCCAGAGAAUUCUGGAACGUGAAUUACAUGGGAGGCAGCACAUCCUUCAGCUCCCCAGAGCAGAAAUGGAGAUAGAACAAGCUGUGCCGAUAGAAAGUGCAUCAGAAGACGAGGGCACUGACACAGAUGCACAGACAACUCCUGAGCAGGUGAAUCAUUGAUCAACAAAAUUAAAGUCUGGCUCUCAUUACA